AUCUACGAAACGAGUGCCCGUCUGCUGUUCAUGGCCGUCAAAUGGGCCAAAAACCUGCCCAGUUUUGCGAGCCUUACGUUUCGGGAUCAGGUGAUUCUACUGGAGGAGUCUUGGGCCGAACUCUUCCUUCUGAACGCCAUCCAGUGGUGCAUGCCGAUCGACACGACCGCCUGCACGCUGUUUUCGCUAAACGAACACUGCAACAGCGUUAACAAUUCGGGAUUCUUCAAACCGGGCCAGCUAGCACAAGACCUGCGCAUUCUGAACGAUACGCUAUGUCGGUUCAAGUCGGUGAUGGUCGAUCCGGCCGAGUUUGCCUGUAUGAAGGCGAUCGUUCUGUUCCGGUCGGAAGCUCGAGGAUUGAAGGACCCGGUGCAGAUCGAAAACCUGCAGGAUCAGGCACAGGUGAUGCUGGCGCAACACUCUCGCACCCAGUUUCCCGGCCAGAUUGCGCGCUUCGGACGGUUGCUCCUGAUGCUGCCCCUGCUUCGGGCGGUCAAUUCGCACAAGAUCGAGUCGAUCUACUUCCAGAAGACGAUCGGCAACACCCCCAUGGAGAAGGUGCUUUGUGAUAUGUACAAAAACUAG